CUGCUCAUACAUAUGUAUCGUCUCAGUGUAAUGGAUUAGACUGUCAACACCAGUAAAGGCUUCAAAAUUCCACUUUGUUUAUUGUCAACAAAUUUCCAUAAGACCAAGUCUUAUACACCAUGCGGAAGGCCGUGAGACCUCGAUUGGUGGCCCAAAGCCCAGAAAUAGAAACGUUUAACGUGGCCCAGGUGAGCAGCUCUGCAUUGAGUAGCACUCGGGGCUUCCAACUGCCGCCGCUGUUGGUCAAGGGACAGAUCCGGCCGGAACAGUUGGCCAACGUUCGAUUCCGGCUGGUGGAGGUCGAUGCGCAGCCCCUCAGUGAUCAGCAAUUCAAUGCAUUGAUCAAGCGGCUAGUCAAGUGCUUUAUGUCCGAGGUGGAGAUCACCAAGCGGAUGCGCAAGAUAACCUCUCGGUGGUUCCUUCUGCCUGGGAACAAGCAGCUGAUUCGUCACAUGGAGGCGCUGCGCCGAAAUUACGAGACCGAAAGAUCUGGCCUGGUAGUGCAGCUCAGUCGGGACUGCCGGUUUCGUCCCUAUGCCAAUCUUACACCACAGAGUGCAAUGAAAUCAUCGGGCAAGUUCAGCAAGGCUCGAAAAAGCAAGUCCCUGGAGAUAAUUUCAAAAAGCUGCGAAGUGCUAGAAGUGUCAGAUCCGGAUGAAUGCACCUCCAGGCAGCGACAGAGCGGAGGAUUUCAGCCCAUUAUCUGUAACCGUAUAGUAACACCUGCGGGUCUGACCAAGAGGCUCCGGGAAAAGCUCUACAGACUGCAGGAAAUUGCCAAGUACCGACCUGAACCCUCCAUAAGUGACGAAUCUAUGACCACCUUUCCUGGAGAUACGGGUGCUUUGGCAAAGUCAAGUUCAUCCGACGUAUUCUACGACAUGGAUAACUUUUAAAAAAGCAAUCAAGUUCCAUGGCUUGGGUUUACUACUUGGCUUUUCCACAUCAUCACUAUCUAUAAGCAGUUUUAUUGACCAUAUUAAAAAACCUUAAAAAGA